CGGCGGAAGUGAGGAGAACGAACGCGGCCUGAUUUCACAGUAGCGAAAAUGUCGACAGGGGUGGGAAAACACAAGAUGCUGUCUCUGGGCCCGACAGAACCCUGGUCCGUCCGGGAGAAACUCUGUCUCGCCUCCUCUGUGAUGAGAAGCGGAGAUCAGAACUGGGUGUCUGUUAGCAGAGCCAUCAAACCCUUUUCAGAGCUUGGACGGCCCCCAGACUGGUUUUCCCAGAAGCAUUGUGCCUCCCAGUAUUCUGAGCUGCUGGAAACCACAGAGGCUCCAAAGCGUAAACGGGGUGAAAAAGGGGAGGUGGUUGAGACUAUUGAGGAUGUGAUCGUCCGCAGACUGACAGCAGAGAGAAUUGAGGAACUCAAGAGACUCAUCAAAGACACACAGGAGAAAUACAGGAAAAUAAAGAAAGAAGUGGAUUUGAUCCAGGCGGGUCACUUGGAUUCUAAACUGGAGGAGUUGUGGGCAGAGAUUGAGCUAAAGAGGAAGCAGGAAGAGGAAGAGGCAGAGCAGAAGAAGAGGGCGACUGAGGCAGCCUAUCAGGUUCGGCAGGCAGCUAAAAACACACCAAAGAGAGUUCCCAGCGUAACAGUACGUUCUCCACCCGGCUCCAGCUCUCCUGGCAUUGAUGCCCCACAGCCCGACACAUCACAGCUAAUGACAGAUGAAACCUGUGCCAGUCCCUUGGCUCAAGGAGUGACCGUCUUCAUGCCUGUGUCAGAGGUCACAGGCCCGGGUCCUAAAGAGUCAGGGCUGGGUAAUCUGGUAGACGACUCCCCGCAGAAGAAGCAUCACGCCCCAAAAGCCACACCACCCCCCUCCCCAUUGCUGUCUGAACUGCUGAAGAAGGGCAGCCUCAUAGCGGCCAGUUCUAGACUGGUGGUUGAAGGAGAAGUGGUCACAGGUUUGAGUAAUGGAUCUCACGGGGUUGAGCUUCAUACUGCUGUUGUUGCUCCACCUGCCAACCAAGAUAUUGCUGCUGAUGCACCUACGUUAUCUCGUCUGUUGGAGAGCUCCGCUCCAGCGCAGCAGCCUGUCAGUGCUGAUCCCCCUAAACCCCCCACAGUGGCCCCCCCAGCUCCGGACCAUCUCUUUGUAUCCAACACAGCUGCAGCCGUUGCUGAUGGUUCUGGAGCGGAGGCGGUAAUGGCAGGCUCAUCCAUGCCGGGGGAGGGGAAAGAGGCGGAGCUAGUGGAAGAGGAUGCAGUAGUGUCAGUGUCAUACAUGUCUCAUGAACUGGACCUGGAGACAGUGGGAGACAUCAUCGCUAUCAUAGAGGAGAAGGUGGAUGACCCCGUUGAGGCUCUGGAUGCAGCAGCAGUGGAGGCUGCUCUCUCCCUCUGCGAGGAUCCAGCGGUUGGGGGACACCCCCUCUCCAGCCCCUGGGAGUCCCAGACCUUUAAGUCUGCCGAACCAGUCAUCCAGCAGAACGUGGCCCCAGUGGCCCCACAGAGCGUCCCAGAUCCUGUGGGUGAGCUGGGAGAAAUGGAGGUCCUGGUAGAGGAGGCUGGAGGAACAGAGGCAAUCAACGGGGUGAUAGGGGACUCUGUAGUGACCCCCGCCCCUGAUGGAGAGCGGAGCCAGGACACUGAGGUCAAGAUGGAGGGUGAGAGGGAAGAAGAGGGGGAGGGAGGAAUUGAGGAGGCACAGGAGGAGAACAGAACCUCAAGUCCAGACGUGAAAUGUGAGCAGGAGGACUGGGUGCAGCCGGAAACUGUGACGCCCUGUCUGGACUCAGAGGACAGCUCAGCCUCAGCCAAAGACACAAAGGAGGUGAAGGAAGAGGAUGGAGGCAGUGAGGUGGAUGUGGAUGAAGGGAUGGAGAUGAAAGAGUGUGGAGACGGGGAUGGAGAGGGGCCAUAUCUCUCAGAGGUGGAUCCUCCUGCCAGUGAGAGUGAGGAUGGAUAUGGCAGUCAUUCUCAGCGGUACACUACAGCAGACUCCAUCGCCAGCAGCCCGGCCUCAUCACAGUUCUCCAUGUGUAGUGAGGAUCAAGAGGCACUUCAGGCUCAGAAGAUCUGGAAGAAAGCUAUCAUGCUGGUUUGGCGGGCAGCAGCCAAUCACAGGUAUGCAAGUGUAUUUCUUCAGCCAGUGUCCGAUGACAUCGCUCCUGGUUAUCACAGCAUCGUACACAGACCAAUGGACUUAUCGGCUAUCAAGAAGAACAUCGAGUCAGGGCAGAUCCGUACGACGGCUGAGUUCCAGCGUGACAUCAUGCUGAUGUUCCAGAAUGCAGUGAUGUAUAACAGCUCGGAUCAUGACGUGUAUCACAUGGCCCUGGAGAUGCAGAGAGAUGUUCUGGAGCAGAUCCAGCAGUUCUUGGCCACACAGCUGAUCAUGCAGACAUCAGAGUCGGGCAUAAGCACCAAGAGUCUGCGCGGGAGAGAAGCCAAUCGGAAACAAGACCCCAAUGAGAAGACCCUGAGUCCUGCACAUAAAGACCCUCAUUUAGAGCCAGAACCACCAGCCAGGAGGAAAAGGAACAACUCCAAACAAGACACUAAUGAGAAGGACAGCCUUUCCAUGGCCUCUCCUGCUUUCCUUCUCUCUCUUUUUGAUGGAGGCACCAGAGGGCGCCGCAGUGCAAUAGAGGCUGAUAUGAAGAUGAAAAAGUGAACCAAGACAUUUCACUGCUGCUGUCACGGAAGUUAAAAUAGACUAUAUUUCUGUUUCUUUAAGAAGUUCUGGUUAAGUUUAGUUUGGUUUAACUCAGCAGUUCUUUGUGGUGCAUUGUCAUUACAACUGGAUUUCUCAGCACAUGGACAAAAGGACACUGGACACAAACAGAACAUUUUUCUCCUUGACUGGAGACGUUUUAAGGGCUUGACCCUUUUAUGUGAAGAACAUCUUAAUAGACCUGAAAAACUGGUCUAGUGUCCUCAGACUCAACUGACCAGCACUUGUUCAUUGGAGUUUAGAGGAGUUGGUUGAAAUUCAGAAACUAUGGUAUAGGUUUUUACAACUGGCCUUUUAAAGUUCAUGUGGAAUGUACCACCGUCAUGACCACAGGAUGGUUAGAAAUCAGAAUGUCACUCUAUUAAAACAAGAAUGAAAAAUUACUAGCCAUUUAAGACAAAUAUUAUUAUCUCCUUAUUGCAACACUUAGUCGUGUUGGUAGCUAGGGAAGAGUUAUAUUUAAAAAAGGCUUUUUUCUUCUAGAGUUGAAGCCCUCAGUUUCUUGAACCUUGAUUUUGCAUAGGCAGAAUAGACACUGAACUUUGGAUUGCAGUUUAAAGGCCCACUGUACUAUAUUCAUUUUGUUGGGCUUUUUUUUUCAGUCUGCUUAAAGUGAACUUAAUUUGACAUCUGUGCAUUUAGAAAUAACACAUAGUUUUGUACAGGGUCUUCUGUUUACAGUGUUUUUGUAUAAUGUGUUGUGAAAUGUUUUAAUAAAACAGAGUCUGCAGAAA